CAGUGGAUACUGAUUCUCCAUGGUGUUCACCGGCCAGGUGUCUCAGAGAAGGCGAAACCUCGCCUGUUUUGUUCAGUAAAUCCUGGACACACCUUUUUUAAUGUCAGUCAAGAACUCGGCUGGGUUGCCAUGACGAGCGAGGAGUGUCCUGUGCCGCUGGGGAGCAUUUCCUCAGCAGGGCCAGGGCAGAGCGAGGAAUACGGCUUGGCGCAGGCUGAUGACAUCAUUGAGGAAGUGGGUCCAGAUGAUGACGUCAGUAUCGGCAGUGACCUGAGCACUCUAGUGUUGCCCUUCCCAGAGCUGGCGCCUGUGGUCUUCUUCUGCCUCAAGCAGACCACCUGUCCUCGCAACUGGUGCAUCCGUAUGGUCUCCAGCCCGUGGUUCGAGAGGAUUAGCAUCAUGGUGAUCCUGCUCAACUGUGUGACACUGGGCAUGUACCAGCCCUGUGAGAACAUCGACUGCACCUCGGACCGCUGCCAGAUACUGCAGGCCUUCGAUGCAUUCAUCUACAUCUUCUUUGCAUUGGAGAUGGUGGUAAAGAUGGUGGCUCUUGGCAUCUUUGGCAGUCGCUGUUACCUGGGUGACACCUGGAACAGGCUGGACUUCUUCAUCGUCAUGACUGGGAUGGUAGAGUACUCACUGGACCUGCAGAACAUCAACCUGUCGGCCAUUCGGACAGUGCGGGUCCUUCGGCCCCUCAAAGCCAUCAACAGAGUGCCGAGUAUGCGUAUCCUGGUGAACCUGCUGCUGGACACUCUACCCAUGCUCGGCAACGUGCUGCUGCUCUGCUUUUUCGUCUUCUUCAUCUUCGGCAUCAUCGGCGUGCAGCUGUGGGCGGGGCUACUGAGGAACCGCUGUUACCUGGAGGAGAACUUCACCCUCUCCUCAGGUAUGACCCUGCCCUCUCCGUACUACCAGCCAGAGGAGGAUGACGAACGGCCCUUCAUCUGCUCCCUGGCAUCUGAUAAUGGCAUCAUGUCAUGUACUGAUGUGCCGGCGAGGCGCGAAGGGGGACGAACAUGCUGCCUGGACAGGGAGGACGCGCUCCACAGACAGACUCUGGGCUUGAGUCCUGAGCCGCUGGCCAACGGUAGUGGUGCCGGUGAAGCUAUCGGUCUGUGCAUCAACUGGCACCAGUAUUACACUCGGUGCCACACAGGAAGUAGCAACCCCCACAAAGGUGCCAUCAACUUUGACAACAUUGUCUACGCCUGGAUCGUAAUUUUUCAGGUGAUCACUCUGGAGGGCUGGGUGGAGAUCAUGUAUUAUGUGAUGGAUGCCCAUUCCUUCUACAACUUCAUCUACUUCAUUUUACUCAUCAUUAUUGGUUCAUUCUUCAUGAUCAACCUGUGCCUGGUAGUCAUUGCCACCCAGUUCUCGGAGACCAAACAGCGGGAACACCAGCUGAUGCAAGAACAAAGGGCGCAGUGCCUGUCCUCCUCCACCCUUGCCAGCAUGGCCGAGCCAGGAGAUUGCUACGAGGAGAUCUUCCAGCUGGUGUGCCACGUCCUUCGCAAGGCUAAGAGGAGAUCGGCUGCUCUCUACUACACGCUGAGGGGCAAAACCCCGCCAGCUGGUGGUGGCAGGAGUAACAGGCGUGGCGGAGGGAAUGCGAACGGAGAGCGGCAUCAUUCCAGGCACCCAAAAACAUCUCACUGUCCGCACCAGAGCAAGCAAGACCAUGACUCUCAGCCACUAGCCAACUCCAUCAGUCUGGCUGUCCCUCAGAACCCCGAGGACUGCCCAAUAUGUGCGUUAUCACUGAAAGAGAGGGCGAGGGCAGAGGGAGACUCCGCCAAGGGGGAGGAAGAAGAGGAGCAUGCGGUGAAAGAGACGGGCAAGGAGGAGAACCAUCUAGAGGAGAAGGGAGAUGGAGAGAAGAAGAGGAAGAGGACGUGCUUUGGACAUUGUAAAGACAUUUGGAAUGACAUGAGGAGGAAACUUUGGGGCAUUGUAGAGAGCAAGUAUUUCAGCAGGGGCAUUAUGAUUGCUAUUCUCAUCAACACCAUCAGUAUGGGCAUCGAGCAUCAUAACCAGCCCGAGGAGCUGACCAAUGUCCUGGAGAUCUGCAACAUUGUGUUCACCAGCAUGUUCACCCUGGAGAUGAUCCUGAAGCUGACUGCUUUUGGCUUCUUUGAGUACCUGAGGAACCCCUAUAACAUCUUUGACGGCAUCAUUGUCAUCAUCAGUGUGUGUGAGAUUAUCGGGCAGGCAGACGGCGGUCUGUCAGUGCUGAGGACCUUCAGGCUGCUGAGGGUCAUUAAGCUGGUGAGGUUCAUGCCUGCGCUGAGGCGGCAGCUGGUGGUGCUGAUGAAGACCAUGGACAACGUGGCCACUUUCUGUAUGCUGCUUAUGCUCUUCAUCUUCAUCUUCAGUAUUUUAUCCUGGGGAAUGCAUAUCUUUGGUUGUAAGUUCAGUCUGAAGACGGAGGCAGGAGACACAGUGCCUGACAGGAAGAACUUUGACUCCCUGCUCUGGGCCAUCGUAACCGUCUUUCAGAUUCUGACUCAGGAGGACUGGAACAUGGUUCUGUACAAUGGGAUGGCGUCCACCUCGCCCUGUGCUGCUCUAUACUUUGUAGCUCUUAUGACUUUUGGAAACUACGUGCUCUUCAAUUUACUGGUUGCCAUCUUGGUGGAGGGUUUUCAGGCUGAGGGUGAUGCAAACCGCUCUUACUCGGACGAUGACAGGUCUUCCUGUAAUUUUGAGGAGAAUGAUAAGCAGAAAGACUCUCUGCAUCUCUCAGACCCAAAGAUCUGUACACUAACUCCUAAUGGGCACCUGGACUUAUCCCCAUUGCCCCAUGGCCUGUUUCCAGGAGAGAGGUUGACUUUUGCUCUGGGCUCUAGGAAGAACAGCGUUAUUUCUCUUGGCAGGGCUAACUUGGAGCAGAGGGCUAUGUAUCCAGGUCGAGGUUACCACAACUGGGGCCGCCCACUGUCUACCCAUCCUCAGGCCUUGUGGGCCCGUCGUUCCAGCUGGAACAGCCUGGGAGGAGGCUGGCCCUGCUCCUCAUCAUCUCCCUCUGCUAGUCCAGCCUUCGCCACCACCUCUGCAAGGCCCUUCUAUGGCUACGGCCUGGAGGGUCUUGGCGGAGUGGUUGGGGGAAGCCUUCGUAUCCGGGGUCCCCGUGCCUCUUCAUCCCCGCACCGCCAUCUCCACCAUGUCCAGCCGGAUGAGGAGGAGUCUCUCAUCUCUCCUCCCCCUGUUGCUCUACACUCUCUUCACCUUCCUUAUCCUAUGUUCCCGGGCCACUUUGUACCCAGGAGGGACCGCAGAGCUCUAUCACUGGAGCUGCCCCACCUGCUGCAGGUGCCAGGACCCUCGCACCUUCCACUACCGCCACACCACCCGCUGCCCCCCGUGAUGCUCCAAGCUCACCAAAGGAAGAAGAGCUUCUCUGGGGGGAUGGUUACCAGUGCAGGUGGUGGCGGUGGGCUUGACAGUCUGGGUGGCUUAGUAGGGGUACACCAAGACUGUAAUGGGAAGACUCCUCUGUCUCAGCUUCUACAGCCCCCUCCUAGACACCACACUGAGCAUGCUGGAGGGGCAAACCCCCAGAGCCAGCUGAUGGCUGACGUCUUCCCCCAAGUUAACACACGCAGCAAGGACCGGGAGGACCUGGAUGAUGACAUUGAAUAUAGCUUGUGUUUCCGCAUCCAGAAGAUGUUAGAAGCAUACAAACCAGAAUGGUGUGAGAGCAGAGAGGACUGGUCGGUAUUCCUAUUUUCACCACGGAACAGGUUCAGACAGAUAUGCCAGUCCAUCAUAGCUCAUAAGCUGUUUGACUAUGUGGUGUUGGCCUUCAUCUUCUCCAACUGCAUUACAGUAGCUCUGGAGAGGCCCAAGAUACUUCAGGGCAGCUUGGAAAGAGUCUUUCUCACCAUCUCCAACUACAUCUUUACUGCCAUCUUUGUGAGCGAGAUGACACUCAAGGUGGUUUCCAUGGGUCUGUAUGUGGGUGAGCAGGCUUACCUGCGGAGCAGCUGGAACAUCCUGGAUGGCUUCCUGGUUUUCGUGUCUUUGAUUGACAUUGUCGUGUCCAUGGCGGGUGGGGCCAAGAUCCUGGGUGUGCUUCGAGUACUCAGGCUGCUCAGAACAUUGCGUCCCCUCAGGGUGAUUAGCAGAGCUCCAGGUCUGAAGCUGGUGGUGGAGACCCUUAUCACCUCCCUCAAACCCAUUGGCAACAUUGUCCUCAUCUGUUGUGCGUUCUUCAUAAUCUUUGGCAUUCUUGGGGUACAGCUGUUUAAAGGCAAGUUCUUCUACUGCUUCGGCGCCGACGUCAAAAACAUCACCAACAAGUCUGACUGUCUGCAAGCAAACUACAAGUGGGUCCACCAUAAGUACAACUUUGACAACCUGGGACAGGCUCUGAUGUCCCUGUUUGUGCUCGCAUCCAAGGACGGCUGGGUCAACAUCAUGUAUCACGGCCUGGAUGCUGUGGCGGUGGACCAACAGCCGGUGACCAACAACAACCCGUGGAUGCUGCUGUAUUUCAUCUCCUUCCUCCUCAUCGUCAGCUUCUUCGUCCUCAACAUGUUUGUUGGCGUGGUGGUGGAGAACUUCCACAAGUGCCGCCAGCACCAAGAGGUCGAGGAGGCCAAAAGGCGUGAGGAGAAGCGACAGCGGCGCAUGGAAAAGAAGAGGAGAAAAGCCCAGAAGCUGCCCUACUUUGCCAGCUACGGCAGCAUACGCCUAAUGAUCCACACACUGUGCACAAACCACUACCUGGACCUCAUCAUCACCUUCAUCAUCGCCAUCAAUGUCAUCACCAUGUCCUUAGAGCACUACAAUCAACCCCAUUCUCUGGAUCUCGCCCUGAAGUACUGCAACUAUUUCUUCACCUCCACGUUUGUGCUGGAAUCAGUACUCAAACUCAUCGCCUUCGGCUUUCGCCGCUUCUUCAAAGAAAGGUGGAACCAGUUGGACCUCGCCAUUGUGCUUCUGUCAGUGAUGGGCAUUACCCUGGAGGAGAUCGAGAUCAGUGCUGCCCUGCCCAUCAACCCCACGAUCAUCAGGAUCAUGAGAGUACUGAGGAUAGCACGAGUGCUGAAGCUGCUGAAGAUGGCGACAGGAAUGAGAGCCCUGUUGGAUACGGUAGUCCAAGCCCUGCCUCAGGUGGGUAACCUGGGCCUGCUUUUCAUGCUGCUGUUUUUCAUCUACGCCGCCUUAGGAGUAGAGCUAUUUGGAGAACUUGUUUGCAACGAAGACUACCGAUGUGAGGGAAUGAGUCGUCACGCUACCUUUGAGAACUUUGGCAUGGCCUUCCUUACCUUGUUUCAAGUCUCCACGGGCGACAACUGGAAUGGCAUCAUGAAGGACACAUUGCGGGAGUGCCCACCAGAUCAUGGCACUGAUGUGGACUAUGCCUGCAAUCCUAGCCUUCAGUUUAUCUCGCCCAUGUACUUUGUCUCCUUCGUGCUCACCGCCCAGUUCGUGCUCAUCAAUGUGGUGGUGGCCGUGCUGAUGAAGCACCUGGACGACUCCAACAAGGAGGCCCAAGAGGAGGCGGAGAUGGAUGCAGAAAUUGAGCUGGAGCUAGCCCAGGGCACCCUCUGUUGCAUGGGCGCCCCCAGCUGCGGGGGUGGGAGGGUGGAGAAAGGACUUGGAGGCACAGCAGGGGGAAAGGAGAGAGGAUGUGCGGGUGGAGAGAGGAGAGACGGAGUGAGGAAGAUGCGACAUUCAGCAGGCAGCGCGCACUCAGGAGCGUACAACCUCCGGGACUCCAGCCGGAGCCUGUACUCCCCAGCACAAGAGAGCCAAUGGCUGGACAGCGUAUCUCUCCUGAUCAAGGAUACAUUGGAGGGGGAGAUGCUGAUGAUCGACAACCUCUCCGGUUCUGUCUUCCACCACUAUUCCUCUCCUCCACCCAUCUGCAAAGAUUGCAAGGGCCACCCACAAGAGCAGAUCAGGAUGGCAGAGAUUGAACAGGCAUCGCUGAAGUCAGAGCAACUGUCAGACAAGUCCUCAUCCCCCGCUCUGCCAGAUGACCUCAGCCUGGACGAACAUACUGCCUACCAGCUGCUGGCGCAAGAGUGCAAGGGAAGGUGCAGCAGUGACUCCCGCAGUUCUGAGGAGGCUGGAGGUGGAGGGAGUUAUACAGGAGGCCACUCCACCCAGGUGGUGCAGAGCCAGGUGCAGGGGCUGGGCCAGCCCUGCCGGCCCCUCAUCGCUGGCAUUGACGUGGAGACUGCACUACAGGAGAUAGAGAUGCAAACACACCGAGCACAUAUGUGCACACCUCACUGUAGCCCUGGUGGCGUUUCCAGCAGCAGCAACCAGGAAAUAAACCAAGAAGGUGGAGGAGGAGCCAGUGGCAUUUCUCCUCACUUCCAUCUGCCUGCAGAGUUUUUCCACCCUGCAGGAGCAGCCAUCCCAGCACCUCCCCGCAGCAGGAGCCUACGGUUGACGAGGGGCCUUAGGCUGACCUCCCCAGCCUCCUGGGCUUCACUCCGCUCCCCAGGAGCCCAUAGCAAGAUGCUCUGUACACAGUAUCCAUCCCACAGUGACUCAUCCCUUGCUACAGGCAGCUCUGAGGGCAGCCUCCAGACCACCCUGGAAGAGGGACUGAGCUUCAGCAUCUCUCCACCACAGAACUUGGAGUUGCCUACAGCUCCCUUACCACUCGUGUGCCCUCUCCCGCUGCCUGAAGACAGCACCGCCAUUUCCUCCCCGGUCCAGACCCUGAGACCAAGGCCGAGCCCCUCAUCAGCCCUCACCCUUCAGGCCACCAGGGGCCACCAGCGGAGCCAGAGCAGUGGCCGAGGUAGCACCAGCCCGGGCUACACCCGUGACGACUCGAUUGACCCUUCAGAUGAGGACCUGGGUAUAGGUAUUGGAUCGUCAAUUGGUGGCUGUAGCUCUAGCCAAGCAGGCAACAGUGAACACUUGUCAGAGACGUUGAGCAGCUUGUCGCUGACAUCACUGCUGUCGCCCAGCUCCCUAAUGUACCCGGGAGUAGCAGUGAAGAAGUGCAACAGCACAGGAAGCUUGGACCAAGGGGGGAUGCUGCUGUCGUCCAGGGGCAGGGAGGGCCGCAGGGAGAUUUUAGGCUUGGAGCUUAUGGACCCCCAAGGCUUCUUGGCCAACCCCUGGACAGGGGUAUUAGUUGGCACAAGAGGAGAAGAAAGAGGGGAAAUAGGAGAUGACGAGCAAGGAUUCAAAGCAAAGAGCUCAAGCCAAACAACAGUAGGGCCUUGUCGAAAAAACAGAUGAAACCUGCUGUUAACUCUCUCUUUGUCUCUCCAUUCCUUGGAUCUAAACCCAUAGCUGUCCCUCUCACGCUCUCUGCUUCCAUCAGUGAGAGAGAGGCUUGAUGACACAUGAUGUCCCGUAUUCCAAAACCAAACCCUCAUCUUGCCCCCUCAACCCCUUUCUAUACAUUUGUGACAAGUCCAAGUCCUAUUUAGUUCUACCUAGAGGAGUGGUCUUGGUUAGGUGAGGAAGUGGCCUGCAGAGUCAAGGCCCAAGGGCUGAAGAUGGAUCCUUAAACCCUCUUUGGGGCUGUACUUGAAGGGCUGGACAUGGAAGGUUCUGCUCACAUUAGAAGACCAGGAGGCUCAUUCAUAUCAGGGAGUCAAUAGGAGCAGAGACAAAAGAGCUUAAACUCAAAGACACAAGUAAGAGUCUUGUUGUUGCUCUACUGUAGUUUCCUUUUCCCCGUGUCGGCUUGCAACCACUGAGGUUGAAAAUGCAAAAAUAGAAGUACCCAAGUUGAAAAUAGCUAUCCAUGCCAACCGAGACUGUUUUGGUUCGUUUAUGUUUCAGAGGCAGUGCAGCAAGUAGGUAGGAGGAGGCUCGGAAGUGGCAGAAUAUAUUAAGGCGGAAGGAAGGCUGGCAAAGGAGAAGGCAGGUCAUUUGUUUGGCUGGGAACGCAGAAAGCAGAUCUAAUGUCCAUCUGCUCUGGCAGACGGAAACAACAGGUCCUACUCACUCUGGCACAGGACCUUCUGCUGAGUUCAGAGUAAAACUGCAAGGUGGAGGAGAGUUCAUGAGUGAGUGCUCAUAGUGUGUGUGAGAGCACUGCCUCAGGUACCCAAGGCAUGAAUUAGAUCAUUCUCACCACUUCACCAUACCUCUGUAUUUUUGAAACAGGAGAUAGGUAUUGACUGAUUAAAGUUGUGUGCCUCUGUUAACUUGAGUGGCAGCAGAAAAUGAAAAGAAAUUGACAGAUUGCGGAGGUGUAACUGUGCAUGGAGUGAUUUGUGAAAUUGGUUAUUUUUCUCUCUACCUUCAGCAUCUCUCACUCAUUCAGACAUGAAGAGACGAGUAUGAAAGAGAGCCAGGUUGGAUGGAGCUUUACAAACCCCAUCAGAAGAAACAAUAAUGUGUGCAUGGGGAAGCCUAUUGUGUGUACCAAAAAAAAUGGUUCACAGCUACUUAAUAAAGUCAGACUUCAAGCACACUCCUUUUUGACACCACGUCCUCUCACCAUGCUUAAGGAUUCGUGACGAAUGGACAAACCCAAAAGAGUUGCGAGGGACCUUGACUGCAUGAUGGAAUUGCAUUUAACCAAGAUUUUUACCUAUAUACAGAAGUGUAUCAAGAUGUCAAUGUUGGGUGAUAACCAUGUGAUUUCUAUUCCACUAUUUUUGUAGAAAAGAGAAUAGGCACGUGCAAGUGUUGCCGUUACUUAAUCCCCAUUUCAUUUAACCCAUACGAUCUCUUUGUCUAGGACUUUUUGUCUGCCAGUGGCUUCCAGUUUUAUAACAUUUUUUAAGGUGUGGACGGUGUAUAAAACAACGAAGCAAAAAAUUUCAAACAAACUUUGUGCGCUGAAGUGAUUGUUCCCUCCAGCACAUUUCUCUUUGGGGACACUGGUACCUCGUGGAUAUUUUUUCUUUUUUUUCAAACGUUGGAGUCCGAGGGGACAACCAGAGGUGGGAGCAGCCAUAUUCACUCAGCACAUGAGGAUCGUUCUAGCUCACAGACAUUCCUUGCUGCACACAGGGAACUUUGUUUGCUUUUAGCCUCCUAUGCUAAAAAACCAUCAAUAGCAUAAACCAUCUCUAUGAAAGCUUUAAUUUGAGAGUUACACCACAACAUAUCGAUUACGGACACAUAGUGUUCCUUAAGCAUGGUUCUGGGAUUGCAAUACAGUAUGCUUUUUCUUGAAAUGACACCCUGAUGCACUCAUCUUCUCUUCCCUCAUUUCCUCACACAUACAGUAUGUUGUAGCAACCCUUUCACACACACACAAUAGUUUGAUAUCAAAAGCUGACACUGUAACAACGAACAAAACUUUGCAUCUUUUAAUGCAAGCUAUUUUUGCUUCUUGAUUAAUUGCUCCAUCCAAAAAGGAGACGCUCAUCUUUAAGCCUGAUUUCUAGAGGUAGACUGUUGUAUCCUUAGUAUUUUGAUCAUUACCUUACUUUUUUAAAUUUCUCAAAAAGAAUGAGGUGAUGUGAGAAAAUCCAAGGGUUUGAACUUUUUUAUCAUGCAAAAUCACUUUGAUGACUAUGUUUUAUCACAUGGUGUUGGGUAUUAAUGAGUGAUAGUAAAGACAGUUGUGUGUGUGAGUGUAUGCUUGUGUGCGUGUGUGUUUAUGACUUCAGGUGAAGUGAUUGCCUUUUCCUGAAGUGUCCUGUUUGUCAGUGAGGAUCCCUGAGAUUAAAGUUUUGAAGAGGGAAAACGCGAAGCAACCAAGGGCUGUUUUAGCUUCAAAGAUAUAUCCUCCUAUCUUUCUGAGACAAAUCUUUGUGUCAAUGAAUAUGGCAUCAAAGGUUAAAGCCUGACUACGCAGCAAUAAAUGUUCUAUGUGUAUGCCCUGAGUGAAUGAUGUCAAUGUGAUUUUUAUCUCCUCAGAACACAACAGUAUUCAUUACUGUCCGUUUUUGCUUCUACUUGUCUGAACUAACAACCAAUCAGAUAGCACCUCUGCCCUCUCCGAGACCAAUCAGUAGAGAGAUGGGCCGCAAUUGGACGACAUGAACAAAUGAGGUUAUUGAACUCAGGUCGGGGGGUAAAAACCACUGGUAAAUUUUUAAAGAUAGCUGUAAAGGUGUGCUCAGACUGAGCUCGGAGCAAAUUUUAAACCUCGCUUUUCGCACAAAUUUGACUGCUGGAGUGUUCAUACGCUACAAACAGCCAAAGCACCAACCAGUCCAGAUGCUAGCUGUAACUACCUAACAAUGCACCAACUGUGUGUGUGAGCAGAGUGUGCCUUUGUACAGUAUGUGUGUGCUACAGCUCUGAAUCGGACUGAUUUUGAAACUUGACCUCAAGUUGUUUCUGUUAUUUUCCUCCAGACUCUCUCUGUCUCUGUAUGUUCAUGAAGUGGAGUGCAAUAGCUCGGGUUAAGCACGUUUUAGCAACUUUAAACUUUAAACUUUAGCAAGUUUUUGCUAAAGUUUCAGCAUUUUCAACCUGCGCGGAUGCGUUUUUGCUUCAAUUUGCGCUGCCUUGAGCAAACCUUUGUCCUACUCUACAUUGAAUUUGUAUGCAAUCACGCCGCCUCUUAAAUUUGCUUUGCCUUCAGUCUGAACACACCUUAAGAGUGUACAAUUCACAUUUGUACAUAUCUUUGUAUUUUGAUCUGCAUGUGUGCAUUGCUGCCAGUGACCAUGAUUAUAUCAUUAGUAUGCAUUUCAUAAAAUUGUACAAAGUUAAAGGGAAUGCCCCGGUGUUU